AUGGAGGAGGCCCCAUGGACAGGCAACACCCAGCAGCAGAUGCAACAGCAAAUGCAGCCGCGAAGAGCACCGCGCCGGGAGAGCCAAGACCAAGGAACAACACCCCAGCAGCGGCCUGCCGAUGGUGCGGCAUGGCCAAACCAUGAAUGGGAGUCGUGGGCCGUGGAGCCCGCUAGAUAA